AUGGCCACCGACCGAGUCACGUCCGUCGACCUCACCGGUCUCAAGAAGAUCGGCCAGGGCAAGGUCCGCGAUGUCUUCGAGGUCGACGACAAAACGCUCCUUUUCGUCGCCUCCGAUCGCGUCUCAGCCUUUGACGUCGUCAUGAAGAAUGGCAUCCCCGACAAGGGCGCCAUCCUCACCCACGCCUCUGCACACUGGUUCAAGGUCCUCUCGGACCGAGUCCCCGGUCUCAAGACCCACUUCCUCACCCUCGACCCUCCGGCCGGCCUGCCCGCCGCCGACGCCGCCCUCAUCAAGAACCGCGCCAUGCAGGUCCGCCGUCUCAAGGUCAUCCCCCUGGAGGCCAUUGUCCGCGGCUACAUCACCGGCUCCGCCUGGAACGAGUACAAGGCCAAGGGCACCGUCCACGGCAUCCAGGUUCCCGCCGGCAUGCAGCAGUCCCAGGCCUUCGAGACGCCUCUCUACACGCCCAGCACCAAGGCCGAGCAGGGCGAGCACGACGAGAACAUCCACCCGGACGAGGCCGUCCGCCUCGUCGGCGAGAAGCACGCGCGCCGCGUCGAGGAGCUGGCGCUGCGCCUCUAUGCCGCGGCGCGCGACUACGCCGCCGAGCGCGGCAUCAUCCUCGCCGACACCAAGUUCGAGUUCGGCGUCGACCCGGACACGGACGAGGUCGUGCUCGUGGACGAGGUGCUCACGCCGGACAGCAGCCGGUACUGGCCCGCCGACAAGUACGAGGUUGGCCGCGACCAGGAGAGCUUCGACAAGCAGUUCAUCCGCAACUGGCUCAUCGAGCAAGGGCUCAAGGGGAAGGAGGGCGUCGCGCUGCCCGAGGACGUGUGCCGGGCCACGGCGGAGAAGUACAAGGACGUUUUCCUGAAGCUGGUGGGCCAGAGCUUCGACGAGGUUGUUGCGCGGUCGUAG